UUCAUCUCCUUCCUCCAAUUUUCCCCUUUCGCCGGCUGCGCUAAACCCUAGCCAAAGCCAUCUGCUUCCUCCGUUCCUCUCCCCUUCCGCCGCUGCGCAAAACUCUCGACCCUUCUGCCACAGCUGCGAGCUCCCAAUCCCGCGGAGCAGGCCGGCGAUGUCGGGCGCCGGCGCCAACCCUUCGAGAUCCGCCAUCGUGGCUAACACGGCGAGUGGGCACCACUAUCUCACGAUUCAGGGCUACUCCCGCACUAAGGGCAUUCCCACCGGAGAGGGCGUCAGGUCCCGCCCUUUUAUUAUCGGCGGCCAUCGCUGGCGCAUCGACUACUACCCCAACGGAAAAACCUCCGAGUUCGCGGAUUAUGUAUGCGUCUCCCUGAUACUCGACGAAGAUGUCGCGGACGCGGUGAAGGCGCAGUGGGACAUCGGCCUCGCCGGCGAGGAAGAGGAGGCGGAGCAAGUGGCAUCUCUGGCAUCGAAAUCGCUGGACAAGUUCGCCUCCUGGAAAGGCUGGAUUUACAGGACCUUCGUCAAAAGGGAGGACCUGGAGAGGUCCAAGAAUCUCAGGGACGAUUCCUUCACCCUCCGCUGCGACAUCGUCGUCGUCCUCGACUGCCGCACGGAGGACAGAGCGGCGGCCUUCGUCUCGGUGCCCCCGUGCGACCUGGGCCGGCAACUGGGUGACUUCUUUCGGACCAAGAAGGGCACCGACGUGGUGUUCGAGAUCGGUGGCGAGACCGUCGCCGCGCACAGGUGCGUGCUCGCCGCCCGCUCCUCGGUCUUCAGCGCCGAGCUCUUCGGACCGAUGAAAGAGGGCAAUGCUGCCAGCGUCGUGCCCAUACAAGACAUGGAUGCAGACGUGUUCAAGGCGUUGCUCCACUUUGCGUACACGGGCUCAUUGCCUAAGCCUUUGAAGGAAGACCAAGAUGCAAUGUGCCAGCACCUGCUCGUAGCUGCGGACAGGUACGACAUGGGGCGGCUGAAGCUUAUCUGCGAGGAGAAGCUGUGCGAGUACAUCAAUGUGGGCUCGGCGGCGACCAUCUUGGCUCUAGCCGAGCAGCACCGUUGUGUGGGGCUGAAGAAGGCUUGCUUGAAUUUUCUAGCCGCUCCGGCAACUCUGAAGGCGGUCAUGGCCACCGAUGGCUUCCAGCAUCUGAGCCGGAGCUGCCCUUCUCUCAUGGUUGAGCUCAUGGCCAUGUCCUUGCCGCAUUAGCUGAGUGUUAAAGGCUUAGCAAUGGUGAAUCAUGGUUUCUAGACUAAUGUAAUCAGGUAGCUGUUUUAGUACUUAGUAGUAGAUGGCUGCAUCCUAAAUAGCCUCAUCUUGCCCCUGUUUUGUCAGUUAAUCGCAUCACUGCAACUGUGGCAGUUAACCAGGAAGUGCGUUCAAAUCAGACGGCAUAUAUUGCUCAGGUUCUGGGCAAUGGUAACUCAUGGUUUGGAGGUGUU